AUCGUUCUUAGGCUGGAUUCUUCGAAACUCUGAAUAUCAGCUCCAUUCAUUUUUGCUAAUCCGUUCUCUGUAGAUUAUCUAGGUAUUACAGAUUCAAUGGAAAAUCAACUAAGCGAUUUGAUCGGAAACGAGGAAGAAUUUCCGGAUGAGUUCCAGUGCUUCGUUUGCCUGGAUUUGCUUUACAAGCCAGUGGUGCUAGCAUGUGGCCACAUUUCAUGUUUCUGGUGUGUCUACAAAGCCAUGAAUAAAAUGCGCGAGUCACAGUGUCCAGUAUGUCGCCAUCCAUAUAAUCAUUUUCCUAGCAUCUGUCAGUUGAUGCACUUCUUACUCAAGAAACUCUACCCAAUUGCCUUUCACAGAAGGGAACAAGUUGUGGUAGAGGAAGAAGAAAGAACCAAGUAUUUUUCCCCACAGUUUGAUGACCCUAUAACUGAUAUGGAUAUCCAUGGUAGCUCUCCUCUCCAUCCCAAAAUCAAUCCCAGCUCAGAAUUACGCAACGAUAAUGAAAACCCAGAAUCUUCAUCUAAAGAUGUAUCAAAUAUAAUCAAGACUCCUCACGAGGAGGGGGAAGAGAAGGAUAAAAAAUCAGAUAUUGAGCAACAAACUGUUAACAGGGUCCCGAUCACUGAUCUGUCUUGUUCUGUAUGUAAACAGUUUCUCUAUCGACCAGUUGUUCUUAAUUGCGGACAUGUAUACUGUGAAAUAUGUGUGGUCAAGUCAAACGAUGAAAUUCUAAGGUGUAAAGUUUGUCAAAACCCGCAUCCACAAGGCUUUCCAACGGUCUGUUUGGUUUUAGAUCAUUUCUUAGAGGAGAAUUUCUCAGACGAAUAUGCAAUAAGAAGAGAGGAAGGACUCAAACUAGCCAGCACCUCAGAUGGUCGAUCAUUAGCAGUUGCAAAGAAAGGCGAGCAAAAGGGAAACCGUAUGUCAUCAGGUUCUCAAUGUGAUAUUAUAUCAUGGUUGCAUGGUCAAGGGCCAAAGGUUCAUCCUGGAGUUGGCUGUGAUUAUUGUGGGAUGCUUCCUAUAGUUGGGGAGCGAUACAAAUGCAAAGAUUGCAAAGAGAUGAUGGGUUUUGAUCUUUGUGAGGAAUGUUAUCGUUGUUCUUCGAAACUUCCAGGACGAUUCAAUCAGCAACAUAGGCCAGAGCAUCGGUUUGCGACUGUAGAACCGUUUGAAGAACAAGAGACUGAUUUUUCGGAAGACGAUACUAAUGUUGCAGGUGAAAAUGCAGAAGAAGAUGUUUCAACUGCUCCGUUUUUCAUUGUUUAUGCUCCACCUGAUUCAGAAGAUGAUUUGGUUGCUCCUAAUUCUUCUUCACUUCAGACACCACCUGAUUUUCUCCAAUCUUCUCCAGAUAAUGAUGAGUAAACUCUCUAUGGAUCUUGUGUUUGUUUCUAGUAUGUUAAUGAAACAAUUGGUUUCAAAAAAACUCUGUUUUUUUAACUGUGGGAUUAUCUUCAUCACUUGUUUGUUUGAGUACUUGAGGAACAUUUUGAACCAUAUAAUCUUGAAUAAAUGUUAUCUUAAGUUUUAUUGU